AUGCCCAUUGUUAUCACCUUGACGUCUCAAGACGACUUCGUGCGCACCACCAUCUCCGUCAUGGAUACCGAUACCGAGGCAGAGGACUGUCAGGUAUUGCAUGGCCUACAACAUGGACGACGAGCUUCGCAGGAGGACACAGAUGAAGAAGCGGCAGAGGUUGUCGCACAACGUUCACUUAAUCAAUCCAACGGGAAACCACCAAUCCCUUCCUUCUCGCCCAGACAAUGGCUUACGCCGAACAUGAUCCACUGGAUCGUCCAGCUCCUCUCCGUCGUAGCAUUCUGCGCCCUACUUUUGCCUUACCUACGAUACACCCGCUCCAAGAAGAACAUUGUGCGUGAGAGAUGCAAAGAGGGUGCGUGGUCUCUGUAUCAGAGCAAGCUCGCUCAAUGUGACGCUCAAGCUGCGACGGAGUUCAGUUUUCGUGGUGGAGCAUUCGGGUUGAACUGGAUCGAGUACGGGACAAUCUUACUUGCCGUGAUAGCAUGGCAUUAUGCGGCGUGGCUCUCCCAAGGCUGGAUUAUUGUGAGGAUCUGCUUCGUUAAGACUGAGAGCGAGAGGUAG